AUGGCAAUGGCAAACCUCCCAGGAACAAAUUCUGCCAAGAAAACGCCAUGAUAGACUCGCUGUGGAGUUGCCAAAAACUGGAAAGGACUUGAAGUCACACAACAACAGCAAAGCUCCUUAGAGGGGACUUUUGGUGUGCUCUGUAUUCCAUCUUGGGUUUUGAAACUAGAAUGUCUUGCCUGCAAGCAAGCACUGUUCUUGAUAAGGCCCAACCUAGCUAACGUCAUCUUUUGACUGCAGUUCUGCCAAUUCUGGUGUGGGAGAUGUGGACUUGAGCCUUGCUAAGGCCAGCUCCAAGGAGACAAAAUGGCUGUGAUCCAAGAAAAGUGGUAACACUGACUCUUCUUUCAGCUUGAGCUGCCUUUAUGAACAAUCCAGAGAGAGGAAUGGAGGAACCAAACCCAGCACGUCCUGAGCUGGGUGAAGGGGCAGGAAAAUCAUCUCGGAUCAUUCAAGCUGGGGCAGUCAGCGAGUUUCUGAGGUGGGCUACUCCUCAGCAGAGUACAGUUGAGAGACAGGAAGGAAUGGCAGCACAUGGAGAAGCCCAGUGGCAAGAAAUCCUAAGGACGGUACAGGCCUCUCACUCAGGAUGGGCAAGUUCUCAGCUGCCAGAGUUGCCUCCAUGGGAUGACUUGUCCACAUUUGAGCGGGUGGCUGAUGCCUGCCAGUGGCCUCGAGGGGAAGGCAUGGCCAAAUUUCUGCCAACUCCAUUCAGUGGUGAGGCACAGCAGACCUUUAAUACUCUAGAAGCCAGAGACAGGAGAGACUUUGGGAAGGUGAAGGCUGCCAUUCUACGGGGGGAUGUUGCAAACAUAGAGAGGCAGCGCCAACACUUCCGCCAGUUCCGCUACCAAGAUGCUGAAGGGCCUCGUGAGGUUUGCAGUCGGUUGCGUGAAUUCUGCCAUCGCUGGUUGGAGCCAGAGAACCGCACCAAGGAGCAAAUCCUGGAGAUGCUGAUCCUGGAACAAUUCUUGAUGAUUCUGCCAAAAGAAAUCCAAAACCAAGUUCAGGCACGGGGGCCAGAGACCUGUGCUCAGGCUGUGGCCCUAGCAGAGGGUUUCUUGCUGAGGCAGCAUGAACGGAUAGAAAGGGAACAACAGGUUUCUAGAACAGUUCAAGGAGGAGGUGCAAACUGCUCUGAAAUUCCAUGGCCGCACAUCAAUAUCAGGCCAAGGCAAACCUACAAGGAAGCCAAGCAGCAGGAUAAUGGGAAUAGCAACACACUGGGUGCCAAGUUUUUGGGAAGAGCUGGACAGUACUUUCAGUGUCCAGAUUGUGGGAAAAGGUUUCGAGGACAGGAGGAACUCCGAGCUCACAGCGGCAUCCACAGGAAGGACAGACCCCAUGCCUGUGCUCAGUGUGGGAAAAGAUUUACGCGCCCCUCAGGCUUGGCCAAACACUUGAAAACUCAUUCAGGGGAGAAACCUUAUCACUGCAGCCACUGCCCCAAAAGCUUCAUCCAAAUGUCCCAUCUUACCAGACAUCAGAGAAUACACACUGGGGAGAAACCCCAUCCCUGUGCCGAAUGUGGAAAACGUUUCAAUUGCCCAUCAGACCUGGCCAAACACCAGCACAUCCACACAGGUGAGAAACCCUUCCGCUGUGCUGAGUGUGGGGCCAGGUUUAACCAGUUCUCACAUCUCACACGGCAUCAGAGGAUUCACACAGGGGAGAAGCCUCAUGCCUGUACUGAAUGUGGGGAAACCUUUAGCCAGCGGGCACAUCUUGUCAGCCACCAGAGAAUCCACACAGGUGAAAGGCCCUACCGCUGCACCUACUGCCAGAAAUGUUUCAGCCACCUCUCCGCUCUCACAGUGCACAAAAGGAUCCACAUGGGGCAGAGGCCCUAUGGUUGCCCUGAAUGUGGGAAAAGGUUCAUUGCUUCAUCCGCUUUAACCAGGCACCAGAGGACUCACUCGGAAGAAAGACCUCAUACCUGUGAUGAAUGUGGCCGGAGAUUCAAUCAGCUUUCUCACCUUCACAGGCACCGACGGACUCACUCAGGUGAGAAGCCCCACAGCUGUGAGGAGUGUGGGAAAAGAUUCAAUCAACUCUCUUCUCUCACCAGACACCAGAAAAUUCACACAGGAGAGAAGCCUUAUCCCUGUGAUGAGUGUGAGCGAAGGUUUGUUCGACUGGCCGACCUCAUCAUCCACCAGAGAAUCCACACAGGAGAGAAGCCAUUUCGCUGCACUGACUGUGGGAGGAGAUUCAGGCAGAAACAAACACUGGUCAAACAUCAGAGACUUCACCCAAUAGCAAAUUCAUAAUUUAUGCACACGCACAGACACAGACAGACUAAAUUUCCCUGCCCUGUGGGUUUGUAUCCAGAAAACUGAUAUUCCCAAACUUUUGAAAUGUUUAAAAGCUGUGGGAGAGAGCGAGAGAGAGAGAGACAUUAAAUUCCAGUAUCCUUGUUUCUCCUAUUAGCUACCCCUUUGGUUCUAUCAAGGGAACAGAUGUUUCCACCAACUGUUUUUAAAUUAACAAAAAAUAAUCUUCCAGUCAAAUUGUAGGGGUGUUGGAUUGAAAAAGGUCGCACAUGCACCUGGGUGUGCACACACGUUUCCCUUUCUCAAAGGUGCUACAAGAUCUCUCUAUGUACUGAUUCUACAGACUAACACAGCUAUAUCAUUGAAUUUCCCUUUCUUGUUCAUGUUUUUUUUCCCCCCAUUUUGGGAGGCCACAAUAUCAGUAGCCCUUCAUACUAGAUCAGGAGCAGUCAUUUGGACGUGGGAACUGCUGGGAUAAAUAGGCCUUUCUCUGUACUGUUCCACUGAUCUGAAGGCUCUGAGAUCAAUCAAGCAUAAGAUGUAAAUACUUUACUAUUGGGAAACAUUGAUUUCUUUUUAAAUAAUCCAAAGAAAAGUUGGGGAAACAGAAAGAAGGGUAGGAGAUAUCUGGAUUUACUUGCUUCUCUGUUGUUUUCCUGGUACUAAAAUGGGCUUCCCCAUUGUCAACCCCAUUUUGUCCCUUGAUGUUCUCUUCCAUCUCCUUUAAGACUGUAUGUAGGGUAUCACUCAAUCUCAGUUUCACAGUGGAUUAAUUUAGGACAAAUCUUUUCCUCUCAAUUUGAGAUGGAACUUGUAUCACUACCACCACUAUUUUAUGUAGCUCCCAAAAAAUAACAAAAAGGCCAUACUGUCUAUAUCAGCAGCCCUAUAGGAUAGGUCAUUAUCACCCCCCCCCCCCCCUCUUUCAUAAUGAGGACCUAAAAAGAUUAUAUGAUGUGCUUAAAGCCAUACACUGAAUCCAUGGCAGAUCUGGAAUGUGAACAAGAACAUUCUACAGAUGGUGGGCUGUACUGUAUAUACUGGAUAGUAUCAGCUCAUGUUCUGUCCUGUACCUUUAGUUCACAAAACAGUGCUGUUUAGCCAAUCCCCACCAUUAUGCAAGACUUUUGUUAUCCACAUUUUGCAGAUAAAGAACUGUGGAUUAAACAAAACAACUUGGCCCAGUCCCUCCACUGGAGCAUGUCAGAACUGAACCCCAGGCCACUCUUGCCUUCUUGGUCAUCAGUUUCAGUCUUCUUGGGGUUUGACUUGGCUAGAAAAGAUCAGAAUAGAACUAAUGUUCAUUCCCAAAUGCUAUUAAUGCAGCAGCAGUCUAGUUCCUUUCCGAUGCCUCUCCCAAUGAGACCUUUUACUUGGAAAGGCAAAUACUGUAUGUGGAAUUCUUUCACACUAACAGGACAAGCAUUUUGCAGGAUGGAGAUAAAAUUACAAUAGCAACUUCUGUAUCUCAAGAGCUUUCACAGCGCCAAGGAUGUUCAUUGACAUUUCUCCUGAACUUGUCCAUCUUAGCACCUCUGUUUCAACUCCCAUUAAUUUUGGCUCCCAAAUUAAGUCAUAUCUAGAGAUGAGGUAAAGCUUUAUCACUGAGCUUCUGUCUUUCAUUCAGCCUCUUAUUCUUUUAUUCAUUUUCAAGACUAGAACAGUUUUUUGGCGGUGGAGGCAAGGGAGGCUAUUGGAUCCCACUUUGUUCUGGUUCUUGCUGACUGCCCUCAUUCAGAGGCAAGACAGUGCUUAGAAAAUACACCAAUUGACAGAAGCAGGAAUCCCAAGCCUCACAUUUUCCCAACUCUACAUGAAAAUUUCUGAAUGAAAAAUGAAUUCUUGAGAAUGUUGCUAGGUACUAAACUGUUGAUAGAUAUUUUCCCUUGGGGAAUGGGAGAGGCUUUGGUGGCUAAGAGCAGUAAUGUGAAACCUGAUUUUUCUCUAUAGCUUCUGUUUAACCAGAAGAAAAAGAAGACUGUGAGAGUUUAUUAGUAAUAUUCCUUCUUUCUUUUGGCAUUGGUUCAGUCUACUAAAUCAGUAAGGCCACUGGAAGGAAGACUCUGCAAAGCCAGCUGUUUUACAGUAAAAGUUUUCUUUCAGAGACUCUUUGUUCCACUUGCUUCUGCAUCAUAUCACUUUGUUUUAGCUCUUCUUAAGGAAGCUUUUCCCAACAGGAUAUUUUAUGCUCUAGCCAGUCUUUUUUAUCAUUUUAGAUGGCGCUGUUGGAGAUGGAAAAUGAGGAACACAAUAAUAAUGAGACUGUUAAAAUUUUAACAAAACAGGAAAAGAAAUUGUUACUUGAGUAGAUGCUUAUUUCCCCAAGUAAAAUCAAUGCUUGUUGCCUUUGAAACCAUAAUCAUCAUAAUCAUGUAUGAUCUGUUGACCAGAUUCUGAAAGGAGAGUGGCUAUAGCCCUCUUGCAUACUGAAACUUAAAGCCAGGGGGUUCUUUGGGGACCAUUUUGGUGCAUCUACUGCACAUACUUGCCUUAGAACAAGUAAGUAUCUAGAGAAGGAAGGAGGAAACCUCAAGAAGCCCACUGGUAACCUCUUAAGGGCUAGUUGGAAAAAGGAAAUGAGUAGCUGGGACAGGACUGAAUGGAUUGGGAAUCAUGUGGAAUCCAAACAAUACUGGGGAU